AACCGUUGCAGCGUACUAGAGCUCUUCAUUAUCCUACCUCAAAUCGAAGCUUAGCACAGAACUAAUCGGUUCAUGGCCGACGCGCCGAGCCUUCUCAGUCUGCCUAGACUCGCAACUCUGCUCACAUCUCUAUUGGUUGCCUUGAGUUCCGGAACAAACUAUGUCGUUUCCGCAUACGCACCACAGUUAGGAUCCCGCCUGCACCUCUCACAUACGCAAUUGAACCUCGUAGCCCUCUCAGGGAACGUGGGCGUGUACACUAGCGGUCCCGUAUGGGGCAAGCUAGUUGACUCACGCGGGCCUCAGAUACUCCUCAUCGGCGCCUUCGUGUGCCUGCUAGCGGGUUACUCAGGGAUUCGCAGUCUGUACGAUGCGGGGCUCGACGAAGGGGAGAGACUCAGCAAUAUGCAUCUGUCGCUCAUGAUCCUCUGCGGGUUCCUCACUGGCCUCGGAGGCAAUGCAGGCUUGACGAGCGCGAUCAACUCGACGGCGAAGAGCUUCCCCGACCGUCUGCGCGCGACUGCCGUGGGGGUCGUCAUCUCUGGCUUCGGCCUCUCCGCGUUCUUCUUCACGUCCCUCUCGCACAUCUUUUUUCCCGGAGACACGUCGCGGUUCCUGCUCAUCCUGGCCCUCGGGACCUCCCUUCCUAUGAUCCUUGGCUUUUUCUUCAUCCGUCCGAUCCCCCUGCCCGCCGGCGACGACACGCACACGCUCGAGCACGGCGCGGCAGACCAAUACCAACGGCUCUCAACGAACGAGACCGCAGGCGUCGGGCGCGCGCUUUGGACAUCAGGGGACUUUUGGUUGAUGUUCAGUAUCUGCAUGCUGCUGAGCGGCACAGGUCUUAUGUACAUCAACAACGUAGGAUCGAUCUCGCAAGCCCUGUACACCAAAGACAACACGUCCUACGACGAAGUCGCCGCGGCUGCGUUCCAGGCGGCCCAGGUCUCCAUGAUCAGCAUCAUGAACUUCAUCGGGCGCAUCCUCGUCGGCGUCGCCGCGGACUUCACAAAGUCGCGCCUGCACUAUCCGCGCUCGGUCUGCAUCACGGCCGUCGCAGGCCUGUUCGUGCUCUCGCAGGCCAUCACGCUCGGCAUGGACGACGUGCGGCACCUCUGGCGCGCGAGCGCACUGCUCGGGCUCGCGUACGGCAGCAUGUUCGGGCUGUUCCCCACGAUCUGCAUCGAGUGGUUCGGCCUCGCGCAUUUCUCGGAGAACUGGGGAUACGUCUCGCUCUCGCCCGUCAUCGGCGGGAACCUCUUCUCUCUCGCCUUCGGGCGCAACCUCGACGCGCACGACUCGCCGCGCGCCUCCGCGCCCGCGAACGCGACGCUGCUCCCCGCCGAUGCGCCUUCGAGUUUGCGGCUGAUGCGCCGCGCUGGGCUGCCGUCCGCGCACCAGUGCCUCGACGGCCGGGACUGCUACGUCGCGUCGCUGUACCUCACUCUCGGCGCGUGCGUCGUCGCGCUGGGGCUCAGCGUGUGGGCGGGCUGGAGAGACACCAGGGACCGCAGGGCGCGCGGACCGGAAGUCCUGGUGGAAGAGGUCGUAUGGGAGGUCCCCGGCGCCGAGGAGUAGAUUAUUUCGAUUCGAGUCGAUUUGUGUAAUGCGUGUAUUUGUUGGGUCCAUAGAGUAUUUCAUAAAGGACAUUGUUCAUCGUUCCCC